GAUCAUUUCUUCGAUACCUCCAGCUGCUAUUCGGAUUAAUGCGAGUACAUGAUCCCUUCGCACGGACCCCCGGGAAACGUCCAGUUACACGCUUUGUGACUUGUUGAUAACUGGAUCAUAUGAUCGGGCGCGUUACAACGUUUACACGGGUGCCUACGUCAACGGCGUUUCCGCUCUACCCCCUCGGAUAUCGAUUAUUUCGCGGGAAAUCCAGCAGUUUCGCCACGGCCGUUCGAUAAGAAAGUGGAGCGUCGCGACGCCUUCGCACAUCGACGGAAUAUUUCGAUAUUUUUUCAGUUCGCCGAGUGCCCUCUAAGCGUCCAGAAUGCUCCCUGAAAUAUUGAAGAACAGUUGACUUGUGCGGAAAGGAGCAGCAGCACGGCUCUCUAUAACAGGUGCAUGACGUCGUUGAAGAGGCUUGCUAUCCUGUCGGCGAUCCGCCAGGAUGGGAGGAUAAACUUCACCGAUAUGUACCCAACGCCAGGACCUCCCCCCAGUCCGGUGCACGGGGUUAACGUCAUGUUGGGAGGGGCGAUGAUCAGCGGAAUUCUGCUGGUGUUGUUCGUGAUGUGCUACUGUUGCAACAAAAACAACAGGAAAUCCCAGCCGCAUUUGGGCAGCUAUUGGAGGGAUCCCGGCCUCUCCAUGGAAAUAUACACCGUGGAAUCGGCGCAAAACUGGCUCGUCUCGGAGGAUCUGUGUAACGAGAUACACCGGCCCCCUACUCCGGGGCCCCCGCCGGCGUACGAGGUCGUGGUGGCGCCGAAAUCGAGCAAGAGCCGCGAUGAGGAGGAUUCGACGAGCAAACAGGACGAAACCGGUUUGCCCAGUUACGAGACCGCCGUGCGACAUCUCAAGGGAUUUCAGUAGUUUUGUUUAGGAUUUUUAGGUAGAAAAUCGCCGAUGUGGCAACGCUGCAAUUGUAUGCCUUUUUAAUACGUCAUAGACGAGUUAUGGUGGAGAUAAUGUAGAUGUAUAAUUUGUUUUUUUUCUGACAAAUAUUGACUGAUAUUUGUAAAUUUUUAUAGCGUAGGAAUAGAUGAUUUAGCGGGAAUUUCGAAUCACCAGCACAAGGAUAUGAAAAAUUAAGUAUUUUAUAAGUUUUCACAAAAAUAAUAUCACCCUUAUUACCUAAUUUGAAUGAAAUAUUAAUAGUAGUUACAACGAAUUCUGUCUUGAUAAUAGUAAUUAUGACAUUAAUUAUACAAAAUCUA